AUGGCUGGUAUUAGUGAUGAUGGGAGGGAGAAGAAGAGAGGUAAGCUGCACUUCAACGGCUUCGAUACUCGUAAAUGCUUGGUUGGUGAUCGUAGCAACGGCGGUGGUGGAGAUGAUGGUGAUGGUGAUGGUGAUGGUGAUAAUGAUGAUGCUGGUAAUGGUUGUUGUGGUUGCGGUGUUGUGGUGGUAGUGGUGGUAGUGGUGGUAGCGGUGGUAGCAGUGAUGGUAGUAGUGGUAAUGGUGGUAGUAGUGGUGGGUAUCGUUAGUAGUGAUGAUGGUGGUAGGGCUGUGUGCUCCUCCACUCCGAUGAAAUGUCAACACAAUAACUCUGCGUUAAAACGUCUGCUCCUCGACCCUCAACUAAUAACGCAAAUAUUUAAACCAUAUCGAUAUAUACAUAUAUAA